UCGAAAAUAGCCGCACUUGUGGAAAUAAUACAAGAGUCGAUAUAAUUAUAUAAUCAAAAUAACGCCAUUCCGCGAUCCCGUGUGAUUAACAGCGGCGAUAACAAAUUUUCGAUAUAGCAAAUUGCGAUUCUCGAGGCAUGAAACAACCGAAAGCGCGGUAGAGCAGUAAGUUUAAUUCUCUAACGCGGAAAUCAAAUCAUGAAUUACUUCGGUAAUAGUUAGCUAAUAAUUAAAUUGAUGUUACCUUUAAUACCAUCUAGUAUUUUAUCAACGUGUAUGCUCCUGUGGGAUAUGCACGUAACGUAGACGAUUAUUCGCCGUUCAAAUUGAGCGCGCUUCUGGAAUGCGGUACGUAUACAAAUGAAGUUUGUGAUUAGACAAAGGAUCGGCAAUUCAGCGCCAAAUCCACCGAGUUUUUCGAAGUGCACGAAGAAGCGUGGACAUGAGUACGCCGCUGACGAUUGAAGAAUCGUGAAGGAUUCUCAGCUUCAGUGGCUUCAGAUCAAUUCGGAACAACGACGAGACAGAAGAAAGCCGCUGUGUGCGGAAACUGAGGAGCUAUUGUCUUGGAGGUCGACUUGGUGCGACCGAAGUGAGUCAAGAUGCAGAACCAGGAUCUGCAGCUGUCCUCCGAGGCUGUUAUAUUUAUCACGCAUGUCGAGCCCGAAAAUCUGUUUCUGAAAAUAUGGGGCCAGCUGGACAAGCAGGCUGCCACCUGUGUGGAGCGUCAGAUAUAUCCUCUGGUUGACCAGUUUAAUCAGGGAUAUGGUUGCCCCUCCAAGUCUGAUAGACUGAUAAUUGGUACCUUGUGCUGCGCCAGGUUUCAAACUGAUGGCUAUUACCGGGCAAAGGUACUCGAUGUACGUCCUGAUGGCAUGAUAGUCGUACAGUUUAUUGACUAUGGCAAUGUAGAGAUUAUACCGGCGAACGAGGUCCACCUUUUGGACAACAUACCUGGAUCAGAGAGCCUGCGGUCUUAUGCACCGAUGGCAGUGGAUUUCACGUUACUUCACGUGUUGCCUAUAAAGGGUAUCUGGGAGAAUAGAAUAAUCGAAACUAUCAGGAGUAUCAUAUGCUACAAGGAAUAUAGAGCUUUGAUUUAUACAAUGAACAAUCGUCGUCUGAUAAAACUAUCGUACAACAAUCGAGACUUUAGCGAGCAGUUGGUGAAGCAACGUAUGGCUUUACCAGCCACUACGCUAGACAUGUUCAAGCCAAAACCACCUCUGCUACAACACCUUAAAAUGCCUCAACCUCAUCAAAUGCCAAUGUAUCAACAACAGAACAAGAAUAACUUUGCAAUGCUGAUAGCGCAGAAUCCAAAUCUGAGUCAAGCUAACAUACAAGAGCUGUUCCGCAAGGCUCCUACCCUAAUUCAGCAACAGUUUGUUGAACAAGCUGUUCGAACACAGCCGCCACCGCCGCUGCUUCCUGCCCAGGAGGCUCUCGUAUUUAAAUCUAGGGUAUUAGACGUGGGUACCAAUCACGACGUCCUAGUAUCGUACGUAGAAGACGGCCCGCAAAAGUUUUCCGUGCAAGUCGAAAGCACGAAGGACAUACUGACCCGUCUCAUGAACGAGAUAAACAACCAUCCGAAGCAACCGCUGCAGGAGCCACCGUUGCCAGGUUCGGUUUGCCUAGGGCGCUACACGGGGGACGGCGUGCUGUGUCGGGCGGUCGUGAUGUCCGUGAUGGAGCACAAGUGCAAGCUGUACUACGUCGAUUUCGGGCACACGGAAAUUUUGCCGUACACGGACAUCUUUCAGCUGCCGCCGGAGUACAUCAAUCCGAAAGUGCUUUCCAUUAGAUUUACAUUAAGCGGCCUAAAGGAGCUGAAUAUCACGCAGGAGAUGAAGGACUACUUCAAGUCGCUGGUAUGGAGAAAGUUGCUCGUUUUACGCGUCCGUCCACCGGAGGGACCGCCAUUGAUUCAGUACGGUGACCUGUACGCCGAGAACGGCGUUAACGUAAAGGAACUUUUGAAGAAAGCGUUCCCAGUGCCGGCAACGGCGGUACCGAUAACCUACUCCUACCCGCAACUCAAGCAAUUGUCGAAGGACGUGCAGGAGGUUGUGCAAGUUUCGUACGUAGAAUCGUGUAAGACGUUUUUUGUACAAUUAGAAAGCGGAAUAAGAUCCCUCGAGUCGAUAAUGCUCGGCCUGGAGCAGUACGUUAAAACUGCGCCUGCUUUAAGUGCAGAACAGAUUAAAGUAGGAUUGCCCUGUGCGGCCCUGUACGAUUUACAAUGGUACCGUGCGCGAGUCAUUGAUGUUACUGGGGAUCAAAUUAAAGUGAUGUAUGUUGAUUAUGGAAAUGAGGAAGCGUUGCCUAUAACGUCUCUCCGUACAAUUCAUGCCGAUUUAGUAACUAAACUGCCGGCACAAGCUGUAAGAUGUACAUUGAAUGGCUACGAGCACCUUUCAUCGGAUCAAGAGGUUUCCAACCUUUUUGAAAAAUUGACCCUCGAAAAACGUUCUUACAUGAAAGUAAUUGCUGCGCAGGCCAACGGAUUGUUGGUCGAUUUGUUCGAGUUCGAUACGAUGAAAAACAUUCAUCCCCAGCUGUUAAAUAAUUUGUUCUACGAUAAAACCAGCAAUUCCGCAGGCUCGCGAAAUGAGGAAGUUCAGUAUUCGGCAAUGCCAACGAAUGACUUCCCGAGCGAAGAAAAGGACAGAUAUAAUAAGAAUACCAUGAAUUCUUGGAAUCACAAUCAAAAGGCCAAGUCUUUCCAAGACAAUAAAUCGGACCACUGGAAGGAUGAGUGGUCCGAGGAGAAACGACACGACAACAGACGCGAGAGGACCGGAAAUCACUCUCAUUAUGAUGGCUCGCAAAACGAUCGAUUUCCUAGAGACGAAACUACGAACAAUAGGUUUAGCAAAGAUCGAUCUUACAACAAACACGAUAGAGGUGAAAUAAAUACGUCCAACAGAAGCGGUAGAGGAGGCUAUCAAAAUGGAAGUAAAUUCAACAGUAACGAACGGAGGUACAACCGUGACAACCCCGAUAAAGCGUAUAAUGAUAAAGAUUCGGAUGCUUCGAUCAAGAACGGCAAUAAACGCGGGAGAAGUUACCCCGACCGUAAUGAUUCCAACAACGGUCGAGCGAGAAACCGUGACAGUGGAAUAUCAGGCCGAUUACAGACAGCAAAUUGGAAUGAUAAGCAACCUAAUCAGAAAAGUAGCAGAUUUACUGGGGACUACGGUAAUAAUAAAUUUAAAGAUAGAGAGAACAAUGCGAAUGUGUCGUACAAUCAGGAGAAUGUCUUGUACAAUCAGGAGGUAAAUGCUUGCGAGUCCUGGGACUCAGCUAAUAUUAACGCAAGUUUACAGAACAAUGUUGCUGUUAACGAUUUGCAACUCUCGUCGAUAAAUAUCGUUUUCGAUAUUUCAAGAAACUGCGAAGUCGUAUUUAUCAAUAGUCCGUCGGACUUCUUUAUUCAGUUAAGCCCCGACUGCUUGGAACUGGACACCGUCAUGGAAAAUAUUGCUUCGGUAUACGAGAACAGUUACGAAACGAUGCAAGCGUCUAAGAUACGGAGCGGCGUGUUCUGCAUCGCGCAGUACUCGGAGGAUCUUAAAUGGUACAGAGCGAUAAUCAAAUCCGUCGAGAACAAUAGUGCGAGUGUGGAGUUCGUCGAUUACGGCAAUACGGAGUCGGUCGACUUUACAAAGAUCAAAGAGAUUCGGGAGGAAUUUCUGAAACUGCCGAUGCAAGCGAUACAUUGCAGAUUGUUCGGACUGGCGAGUACGGACAAUAAGGAAAACGGAAUUUUCUCGGAACAGGUCGAAGGAAAACUGCUACAGGUGGAGUUCGUCGCGGAGAAGAACCGACUGUAUGAAAUAGUACUACACGAGAUGACUAAUGGUGCACCGAAUGCUAAUUCCAUAAACGAGGCGUGCGGCGUGGAUUUAGCAAAAGCGAGAGAGAUUGCAGAGUGUAAAACGACGGCGCAGGUGCUUAGCGUGGAUUACGCUUCCUUCGAUGCAAAAUGGCAAAUAAUUCCGUACGAGGCCGAGUCUAGACACGAUGUAAUCAUUACGUGGUUGAUCAAUCCGAAUAAACUGUACUGUCAAUCAUUGGCUAGAGAGGCAGAGUUUAAACUGAUGAUGAACGAGAUUCAGAAGACGUACGCUGGUAGAGAGGCUAUAAAGCGUAAAUUAGAGAUCGGUUCAAUAGUUAUAGCGAUAUUUUCCGAGGAUCGGGCUCUUUACCGAGCGGAAGUGGUGAGCAGGGGUACACAAAGGGAUGCAUAUAUCGUUCAGUACAUCGAUUUUGGAAAUUGUGCGACUGUGAACCAACGUAACAUUUACGAGGUCGAGAAGGCGUUUAUGCAAUUGCCUAAAUUAGCGAUGCAAUGUUCCUUGAAAGAUAUCGUACCUUGCAACGAUUCGAGCUGGUCCAACGUGGAUAACGACACGUUUGAUAGUUGCUUUAACGCCGACAAGUACGAAUGCAUUUUCCACAGCUCUGAUAACAAUCAGUACACAGUUUCCUUAAUCCAUAAUGGGCAAGACGUGGGCAAGAUGUUGGUAGAGAACAAUCUUGCAGCCUUUGCUACUCCGAUCGAAACAGCUGGUGCUGCAGAAACGUUCAGCGAUGCUACUUAUGGCGCGGAAGCUCUCAAUAAUGUGGAACGAGUGGACAUAAGUCUCUUGAGUGGUCAAACUCUGAAAAUGAGAAUUUCCAGUGUAGAGGACAGUACUCGGUUUUAUGUCCAGCUUCCAUCAGCCUCAAAGUGCGAAAACAUCGUCGACACGUACAUGGAGCAUAAAAAUACAGAGGUGAUGCCGCGAUUGUCAACCUGCGAGAUGUGUCUCGGCGCGGGUUGUCUAGUCGAUGCGAGUGGGACGUGGAGACGAGCUGUAGUGAUUAACUGCUCACGGUCCGUUGGGUUUGACAUAAAGCUCAUUGAUACUGGGGAGUACAAUGAGAUUCUGGAUGGCGCUUUAGCGCUACCCGGAGAACUUGCGGUCAUGCAGAAUCAGGCAUUGGAGUGCUGCUUGCAAAAUGUGCCGACAUCAUCUGAUGCAGAUAAACAGCUGAAGGAACUUAAAGGGAAGGAAGUGCUGGUCUAUGUCGAAGAAGUCAGUAACAACAGACUUCUCGUAAAACUGUACGAUCUCCUUGGUAACGGGAUACUGAAUACGGAGAAAGAAGACGGAAAGAUAUCGCCCAUUUGUUCCAUGCCUAUUCUAAGCUCGACUCACGACGUGUCCGUGUCGUACGCGGAGCAUUCCGCCGGUAUUUGGCUGCAACGUUACGCGGACUUGGACAUCGAGACUAAAUUACUGGGAGAUUUGGAACAAUAUUACGAGCAAUCUAAAUCCGGACAAGGAUUGAAGCCAGAGAUGCAUCUGUUGUGCGCGGCUAAGUGUUCCGACGGCCGUUGGUACAGGGCGAGAAUCGUUAACUGCACCGAAACUACGGCCUAUGUGCAUUAUAUCGACUACGGCAACGUCGAGGAGGUUGCCUUGGGGUCAAUCAUGGCUUUGGAACCACAAUUUUACCAGCCCCACCAAUUGGCCAUAAAUGUAUCGUUAUCCGUAGCUCUCGCGGGCACUGUCGACGAGCAAAUAAACGUACUGCAGCUUUACUUAAUGAACAAAGCACUUGGUGCCGUCUUUUAUAACGUGCACAAGAAGUGGAUCGUUGACCUAACUGAGAACGGAGAAAAACUCAGUGACAAAUUACGCGCGCUAAAUCUAGUAAAAGAAGAACAACCAACGCUUGAUGAACCAGCGUCUCAGACGCAGGAGGAGUCAACGACAACCAACAAGUUCAGUGCAUGCGUAUCCCACGCGGAUUCUCCGAGUCAAUUCUGGCUGCAACGAGCGGACGCGAUCACGUCCCUCAACGAAAAGCAAGAACAACUUCAGCUGGAGGUACCCGACUUCCCGAGGGUGGAGGGUAUACCGGAAGAGGGCACGUUGUGCGUCGCCGUUUACUCGAUCGACAAUCUCUGGUAUCGCGCAGAGGUGUUGGACGCUGACGAAGACAUCACGACGGUCCGAUUCGUAGACUACGGUAACACCGACGUUAUCACUAACAAGACUGGUGACAUUCGACAGAUCCCGGACGCCUGGAAGAACCUGGAGAGAUUCGCGCUCAAGUGCAGGCUCGACGUCGUGUCCGUGGACAUGGAGGACUGGAGCGAGUCGGUCUGCGGGAGAUUCGAGAGUCUGGUGACGUCUACGGAGACUGUUGAGGCUGUGAUACUAGCGGACACGACGCCUAAGCGCGUAGAAUUAUUCGUGGACGGCAAGGGCGUCAGCGAAACGCUAGUCGAGGAGAAGCACGCUAUUAUAGUCAACACGCAAGAACAAGAACCCGUGGACGAGAUAGUCGAUCUAGAACUGGACCCGCACUCCGCCUUCGUCAGUCACAACGAUUCGCCGAGCGAGUUCUGGAUUCAGGAGGAAAAACUGGUUGCUGAUCUAGAGGUAAUGGCGGAUAGGUUCAUAGUGGCCGACAUGUUCCCGAAAAUCGACGACGUGAAAGAGGGCUUGCUGUGCGUCGCCAAGUAUCCCGAGGACGACAAGUGGUACAGGGCUCGCGUCGUCUGUCACGACGAUAACGGCACGCAGGUCAUAUACAUAGACUACGGAAAUUCCGCCGUGUCCACCGAUAUUCGUGCGAUUCCGGAAGACUUGGCGGCGAUACCGCCCCUGUCGAGAAAAUGCUGCUUGGAACUGCCGCCGCGGGUCAGGGAAUGGUCGCAGCAGGCUCGCGAAGAAUUUGUCAGACUGUCCGCGGAUGGUGCGACGACGUUCCUCCUGGACGUGCUGAAAGAGCAAGAGACGUCGGUAGUGAAAUUAACGUUGGACGGCCAGAAUGUCGCCGACAUCCUCGCGGGUAUGUGCGAGCGACACUCGCCAGUUAUCGAAGAGAGACUGCCGCCGCUCGGCGAAGAGAAUUCUCCGAACGUUGUGGUCAGUCACAUCAACAGUCCGAAUGAGUUCUGGACCCAAGCCGAGAGCAGUAUAAACGAAUUGGAAGUGAUGUCGGAUCGUUUGCGUGACGCGGAGAGUUUCCUGACGUUAACCAGUUUCGACAUCGGCACAAUUUGCGCGGCGAGAUAUCCAGAGGACGGCUACUGGUACAGGGCGAGGAUAGUUGCGCACCGCGACGAUAGCAGCGAAGUGUUGUACAUGGAUUACGGCAAUUCCGGAAUUACGACGGAACUGAGAGUGCUGCCGGAAGAUAUCGCGAAUAUUCCAAUGCUGUCGAAACGGUGCGCGCUGGAGAAUCCGAGUUGCAUCACCGCGUGGAACGAGGCAGCUUGCAACAAGUUCAAGGAACUCGCUGCCGAAGGGGCUACGAUGUUCCAGUUCGAGAUUGUCGGCGAGAACGAUCCAAUGUAUGUACGAUUAAGCCUAAACGGGACGAACGUCGUAGAUCUUUUAUUGGCUGAAUAUGAAAACAUUCCAGAGACUGAAGAUUCAUCUAAAGAAAUCAAGAUUACUUCCAGUGUAGAGAGACAGCAAGAAAUAGUCUUCCAAGAGAAUGAACAAUUGGAAAAAGAAAUUUCAGAUUUAAAUAAGGAAGUUCAAGAAUUGACAUUUAAUCAAACAAACGUGCUUGAAACUGGAAUCAACAACGAAACGCUUAAUAACUCAUUUGAUAAUUUUAAUGCAAAUGAGGAAUACCAAUAUGUCGGGAAACCAGAAGAAUAUUACAUAUUAAACUUGAAAUCUGCAGGAAACGCGAAUGAAAAUUCUAAAGCUGCAACAACCGAUGUACAAUAUGAGCGAUCCUCUAUCGUGACAGAACUUACCGUCGACCAAAUAGUCGAGAGUAUGAGAAGAGAUAGCGAGGAUCUGGAGUCGCAAAACAUCGACGAUACAAAUUUGUUAGAUGCAAAUAAAACUCAACCUCAGUUCGCCGCCCAAACUGAUACCAGUGAACCAGGACUCUCUCAAACAGAGUCCGUAGAUAUAAAUGAACCUAAAGAUCCACACAGUCCGCAACAGUUUAGCUCACAUUUUGAUAUGCAUCAAAGUGUGAUGGAACCUGUUACAGAGGAUUCCGAGCCGAAGGAAGUUUCAUCGGUAACGAAUGAAUCACAGCCCCGAGAUGCUACGCAACUCGAUGUGACUCAAAUCAAGGAAGAAGGAGCACAUUCUGCGAUUGUGCUCGACACAGAGGAGCCUAUAAAAUCUGAAAGUUUAACGGCGAAUGAAACUCUUUCCGCAAGUACGAACAGUGUUCUAAAAAUUCAGUCCAAAAGCGCAGAUGACUUAAACAGUUUCUCGUCCGAGUCCACGUAUAUGAUACAAGAAACGGAAUCGUCACAAUCCGUAAUUAAGACUGAUCCGAGUGAGCAAUGCAGUUACUCGGCAGAACGCUCGACGGAUGAGAUAGCGCCCGAAUGCGUUUCCAGAGACGAGUCUCCGCCGAGACCGGUACGUCCUGCCACGCCGAAGACACCGUAUUCAGAGAAACUCGUGUCCGGCGCCGUGAAUCCUUUUUUUGAGCCGAUUCGCAGUAACGCGAACGAGGAGGACGAGAUACUUGCUGUAUCUGUGGAGGACAACAUUCCUAAAAUCAUGUAAUUGUAUAAUAUAGCGGAUACAUGUACUGCACAUUUAAGCACAUAUGGUAUGUAAUCUGUAGAUAUAUACCACAUGUAUAUAUCUAUCAUAGAUCUGCAAUAUAAGGUACAGAUUUAUAUAAAUAUAAUUACGUUUCUUGUUCCAGCAGAUUAAUUUCAUUUUAUAUUUUCUUUUUUUUUACAUUUUCGUGAAGAUUCAUAUACGAUUCUUUUAUACAUGCGGAAAGUAUGAGAGUAUUGUCAUGCGCACACGCGAUACAGUCGUUUCAUUUUUUUUUUUAUAAGUAACAAGACUCACAGUUUCUACGAAUGUGCGUAUUGCCCUUACGAGUUACAAUACACGUAAUGCCAUUGGAGACACAACCAAAGAUUAAUUAAUAUGAUUUAUAGAGCGAUCAAUUAUUUACUUACAUUGUUAUGUUUCAGGAUAAGAUUCAUCAAUAUUAUUUAAUGAUGAUAAUAGCGUUCUAUCGCAAUUCUCAACGUUUAAGAAUUUCUUUUCGAGAAUUGCUACCUGAAUUCAAUAUUUCUUUUUUUUCUAAUUUAAACCUUUCUUUUUCUAGAUAAAUAUUGCAAUUAUAUCUAUUAUACACGAUAUAUAAUUAUAUUAUAGCAGAUAUAAUUAUAUACUAUAUAAUUACAUAUUAUUGUAGACUUUUCGGUGGUAAUUUUUCUUUUUGAGUCACGCAAAAAUUUUACUUGUUUGACAUGUAUAUACAUUCAUUAUACUUUUAACAUUGCUUGAGAGAUAUUAACGACGGAAAUAAUAUAAACAUUAUUCUUGUGUUUCCAGCUGCUUGCUAAUAUAAUUAUAAUUAUAAAAAGCAGGUAGUUUUGUUAAAUAUUAGUAAUGUUGAGACAUGAUUGUACGUAACUUGAAGUUCAAUGAGUUGUAAAAAGGUAGCUUUGACAAUGUAUAAUUAUUUGAAAACUGAUAAGAACUUAAAAAGAAUGGUAUGUUUUACAUUGACUAUAAUAUACAUCUUUUUUUAUAUCCUUUCGUAUUAUAUAUUGAAUCUAACAUGAUUAUAAAUUUAUUUCAAAUUCUGUAACUCAUGAUAUAAUAUAUAUCUCUGCAUAUAUAUAUUACAUAGUACUGAAAUCUCCUUUUUUCUUAUGUCCUUUAUAAGUUGAUUUUAAUAGUGAUACGAUUGUAAUGGAUUAAAAUAAGCUGUAUAAAUAUUUGUAUUCUGCUAAAAUAUAUUUUCUAAUAAAUAUUUCCAAAAUCCUA